AUGAGUAUAGAUCUUGGUAAGGUCUUAUUAAGAUCUUGGCACUUUUGGGAUCUUGGCUUUAUCUUACCAAGAUCUCAGCAAGAUCCCAUUGGUAUUGUGGGUCGUACUGGAGCUGGUAAGUCAUUUCUCAUUGGGGCAUUGUUUAGACUAGCUGAACCAGGUGGUAGUAUUAAAAUUGAUGGAGUAGAACUCACUCAACUGGGACUCCAUGAUGUUAGGAGUAAUAUGUCAAUUAUUUCACAAGUUCCACUAAAGAAUGUAAUUGAUAGUCUUAAAGGAAGAUUGGAGAGUAGUGUAAGUGAAGGAGGUGCCAACUUUACUGUGGGACAAAGGCAAUUGCUCUGUUUAGCCAGAGCUCUCCUUCAAAACAACAAUAUUAUCAUAUUAGAUGAAGCCACUGCUAAUGUAAAUUUGGAGACUGAUGCUAUUAUUCAGCAAGUGAUACGACAACAGUUCUCUGGUAGUACUGUCUUAAUUAUUGCUCAUAGACUUGUUACUGUCAUGGAUUACAGUAUGAUUAUGGUACUGAGAUCAGGUCAACUGGUAGAGUUUGAUGUCCCUCAUUUGCUCCUGAAUAAUUCCUCAUCAUAUCUCAGUAAACCAGUUAAACAAACGGGAUCAAUUAAUGCUACUAAAUUGAGAAAUAUUGCCUUUGAAUCAUACCAUAAGCAUAAUCAAGGGCAAUCAUAUUUAGUCAUUCAUAUUUUGUAUAAUGACAAUAGAUUUUAA